AUGGAGACAAGGUGGCUUCCACCCACAUACCACCAAGAUGCACUCAAAAGGUUGUACAUGUUAAAACAAGGGUUAAAAAGUGUGGAGGCGUACUUUGAUGAGUUUGAGGAUUUGAGGAUGAAGUCCAAGAUAGAAUAUCAUGAAGAGUACACUAUUAUAAGGUUUGUAGCCAACUUGAAUCGAGACAUCUCUAAACCGAUGAGGCUCAAAACCUAUAAUAGUCUUGAAAAGGCAUUCCAAGAUGCAUCCAAGUUUGAGGCGGAUCUAAAAGAAGAGAGGUCCUACAAAGACAAAAGCAAAUCGUCCUCAACUUGGAACAAAGGCAAAGAAAAGUGGAAAACUUCCACUUGGGAUAAGCCCAAGAGCAACACCCAAGCACCUCAAGCCAAAUUCGAUUACAAAGCCAGAGGUGAUGACAAGGCUAAAGGAGUGAGGGAUGGGUAUCGAACCAAUGAUGAACAUGAGGGCGGGGAUGGUCAUGAAGAAGAAGGAGAAAAAAGUGAGUGUGAGGGUGAUUCCAAUGAAGAGGUUGAGAUAAGGUAUGAAGAAGCCUUGAAUCAUGCUAUUGUGGCUAGAAGAGUCAUGGGGGCUCUAGCUAGGGAAGAGAGCGACCAAAGGGAGAACUUGUUUCAUGCACGUUGCAAAAUUGUGGAUAAGGUGUGCUCCUUAAUCAUUGAUGGUGGAAGUUGUACGAAUGCCGUUAGCCAAUUUUUAGUUGAAAGUAUGAAAUUCCCUACCCGCAAGCACACUAAUCCCUACAAACUCCAAUGGUUUAAUGAAUGUGGCGAAAUGAGGGUCAACAAGCAAGCUAUUAUCAAAUUUAGCAUUGGCAAGUACCAAGAUGAGAUCGUGUGUGAUGUGGUAACCAUGCAAGCUUGCCAUCUAUUGCUUGGAAUACCUUGGCAAUUUGAUGUUGAUGCCCAACAUAGUGAAAGAACUAACAAGUACUCAUUUGUGGUCAAGGGGAAGAAGUACAUUCUUAACCCACUAACCCCUUACCAAGUGAGUGAGGAUUAUAUAGUGGUGAGGGAGCUUCGGGAGAAGUAUCAAAGGGAAGAAAAGGAGAAGGGUGAGAAGGAGACUUUGUUGGUCAAAAGUGGAGAGGGGACUUCUCAAGAUGGUUCCAAGAAAUGUUUGUUGGCCAAACCAAGUAAUUUCUUAAAAGGGGUUGACGAGAGACACUUCAUGGUGUGCCUUGUCAACAAAGAUCUUCUCCUAAAUGCUAACCAAGCUACUAGCACUUUGCCUAGUAGUAUGUCUUCUCUUUUGCAGGAAUAUGAAGCCUUUUUUCCGGAGGAAAUGCCCGAUGGCUUACCUCCCUUGAGAGGUAUUGAGCACCAAAUUGACUUUGUACCGGGUUCCCAAAUUCCCAACAAACCAGCUUAUAGGAGCAACCCGGAAGAAACAAAAGAAUUACAAAGGAAAGUGGAUGAACUUCUUAAAAAGGGGCAAGUGAAGGAGAGUCUUAGCCCGUGUGCCGUUCCGGUGAUUCUUGUUCCAAAGAAAGAUGGCACUUGGAGGAUGUGCAUUGAUUAUAGGGUCGUCAACAAAAUCACGGUAAAGUAG